AUGGCUAGUGAGGAGAGUUUUGUGGUUUUGGUGCACCACAGAGGAUCUGUUAAUAGAAAAACUCGUUCCGGAGUAAAGUUCACAGAUAAGAAUCCGCUAUGUAUUGUCAUAACAUCUACGACGAGUUAUGAUGACCUUGUUAGCGCUGUACUAAUGAAGCUCGGUCUGGAGGGUGCGAAGUGGGUAAAGAAGUUUUUCUAUCGCAUUCCAGUCACGGUGCUACAGAAUACGGUGAAGUAUGAUUGCUUCACGAUUAAUAAUGAUGUGGACUUGCAAGUAAUGUUUCUUUGUCGGCGGCAGUUUCCGGAGGUGAGGACACCGGAGUUGUUGGCACGGCUGGUUGAUGUUGUAUCCAGCUCCGGCGGUUCGAACAGGAAUACGAACACUAUAGCGAAUCCAGCAGGUUCUAGUUCCCGGCCUGCCGUUGCUUCCUCGUCCGUCCCUGUGUACGAACCAGUGGUCCAACAUGUCGCCUCCCCAUCUUUCGCUGUUGACCUCAAUGGCACCGAAGGCGACGAGGUAGUGGAAAGGGAAAAUUUGCCUAACGCUUUAGUGGGAGUUGCACCUGUUGGCGUAGGAGACGGUUUUUUGGACGAUGAAGAGGAGGAUGACGUCGAGCCGGAUAUGAUUGACGAUGAUAGCGCUGAUGAUAUUGGAGCGACUGGGCCUGCAUUGGAGGUAGGUGGUUCUAGCUCUGGCACACAGCAGUAUCCACCACAUUUUUCCUCGUUGGACUUGGACGCCAUGAGACAUGAGGGGGUUUUAGGGCACGCUGUUGGAUUCGGAGCUAGAGAUGCGGAAGGGACUACUGGUCUGACAGAGUUCCAGGUUGGUCAGCAAUUCCAGGAUAAAGAUGAGGCCCUUUUAAGUGUGAAGACUUACAGCAUCCGGCGAGGGGUACAGUACAAGGUGGUGGAGUCCAAUCACCGCCGGUAUGUGGUCUCACACUAA